UUCUGGACUUGGGUUGGGCCUCCUCUCUCUCCCUCCUUCUCCUGAAUUUUUGAGACCUGAAUAAGGCAGGAUCCCGCAAACUUAAAUGCUCUGACCUAAGGCUCUCUGUGCUUUGGCAUCUACAGAGAAAUGGGAGACCCCGAGAGGUGAAAAUGAAUUGCGAUGUGAGUGAUUACAGUGAGACUAGACUGAUUUUUCUAGAUCAGGUUGGGACAAAGAGUCCAGAAAGAUAAAAGUUCAACUUCACCUUUCUUCUCAGGGAGCGACUUUGACCAUGCCCUACCUGCUCCCUGACUAGGGCAAGCUCUAGUCUUCUGAUUCCAACUUAACUUGCAACAUAUGGAAGUACUUCAUGAGUUUCCUCAGGAAGGGUGGUGAAUUCCCACCUUCACCGCUCAAAGUAGCUGGUAAAGGCGGGGCUAGGAGGAGGAUGGGCAGUGUGGUCAGGAAGGGCCCAGAGGGGUGGAGGUUUAGUGGGCGAAUACUCUCAAUUCUACUUCUGGGAGUAAAUCCUCCACUUAAGUCUACUGAAAACCCAAUUUCUAGUUCCCCUUUUAUUUCCCCUCCCUUUUGCUACCCCUGGGCUCCUAUCGUGAAAGGAGUCUGUUCUGGUCUGCUUUGAUGGGCCCUGAAGGCCAGGAAGGAACUGGUCCCUGGUUCCCUGGAGCGGAUGGAAUCCUCCCGCCUGCAAGUCUUUAAAGACUGAAGUUAUGCGUCAGGGAAGGGGGAAGGGAAAGGGACUAACUGGGGUCUGGCGAGGACUGCGGGGCUGGCACUCGUGGGUUUUAAGAAAUGUAGAGCUCAUAGGCAUUGGGUCUAAAGGGCGCCCCCAAGCGCUGGAGGGGAAACUGGCAGAGGGGCCCCUCAAACCUGUCCAGGGACCUCUGUCCUCCAUGCUGCCCCAACUCAAACCCGGGCGUCCCAUCCCGUGUGUUGGUACCCCGCCCUCCCUCUGCUCCGCCUCCCCCCCUUCCUGAGCAGGGGGGAGGAGACUAGGGUUUGAGGAACUGGCUCUGGGUGCCGGGCUAGGGGAGUCAGACUUCCUGUCCCCGAGACCGAAGCGUGUGGGCUGGACCCCUCCCCCCACAAUAGCUGGACGCCUGGGUCCGUGAGGCGUCCUCCCUGAUCGCGGCAUAGGAUUAUGUCUCGGAUCGAAUCCCUCACGCGGGCGCGGAUCGACCGGAGCAAAGAGCUGGCGAGCAAGACCCGGGAAAAGGAGAAGAUGAAAGAAGCCAAGGAUGCCCGCUAUACCAAUGGGCAUCUCUUCACCACCAUCUCAGUUUCGGGUAUGACCAUGUGCUAUGCCUGUAACAAGAGCAUCACAGCCAAGGAGGCCCUCAUCUGCCCAACCUGCAAUGUGACUAUCCACAACCGCUGUAAAGACACCCUGGCCAACUGUACCAAGGUCAAGCAGAAGCAACAGAAAGCUGCUCUGUUGAAGAACAACACUGCUUUGCAGUCUGUUUCUCUUCGCAGUAAGACAACCACCCGGGAGCGGCCUACGUCUGCUAUCUACCCCUCCGACAGCUUCCGGCAGUCUCUCCUUGGCUCCCGCCGUGGCCGCUCCUCUUUGUCUUUAGCCAAGAGUGUUUCCACCACCAACAUUGCUGGACAUUUCAAUGAUGAGUCUCCCCUGGGGCUGCGGCGGAUCCUCUCCCAGUCCACAGACUCCCUCAACAUGCGGAACAGAACCCUGUCAGUGGAAUCCCUUAUUGAUGAAGGUGCAGAGGUAAUCUACAAUGAGCUAAUGAGUGACUUUGAGAUGGAUGAGAAAGAUUUUGCAGCUGAUUCCUGGAGUCUUGCUGUGGAUAGCAGCUUCCUACAGCAGCAUAAAAAGGAGGUGAUGAAGCAGCAGGAUGUUAUCUAUGAGCUAAUCCAGACAGAGCUGCACCAUGUGAGGACCCUGAAGAUCAUGACUCGCCUCUUCCGCACUGGGAUGCUGGAAGAGCUGCAGUUGGAGCCAGGAGUGGUCCAGGGCCUAUUCCCCUGUGUGGAUGAGCUCAGUGACAUCCAUACACGCUUCCUCAGCCAACUGUUAGAGCGCCGACGCCAGGCCCUGUGCCCUGGCAGCACCCGGAACUUUGUCAUCCAUCGCUUGGGUGACCUGCUCAUCAGCCAGUUCUCAGGUCCCAGUGCAGAGCAGAUGCGUAAGACCUACUCGGAGUUCUGCAGCCGCCACACCAAGGCCUUAAAACUCUAUAAGGAACUGUAUGCCCGAGACAAACGCUUCCAGCAGUUCAUCCGGAAAGUGACCCGUUCAGCUGUCCUGAAGCGGCAUGGUGUGCAGGAGUGCAUUUUGCUGGUGACUCAACGCAUCACCAAGUACCCGGUGCUUAUCAACCGUAUCCUGCAGCAUUCUCAUGGGAUUGAGGAAGAGCGCCAGGACCUGACAGCAGCACUGGGGCUGGUGAAGGAGUUGCUGUCCAAUGUGGACCAGGAUGUGCACGAGCUGGAGAAAGGGGCUCGCUUGCAGGAGAUCUACAACCGCAUGGACCCGCGGGCCCAGGCCCCUGUGCCUGGCAAGGGUCCCUUUGGCCGAGAGGAGCUUCUGCGGCGCAGACUCAUCCAUGAUGGCUGCCUGCUCUGGAAGACAGCAACGGGUCGCUUCAAAGAUGUGCUGAUGCUGCUCAUGACGGAUGUGCUGGUAUUUCUCCAGGAGAAGGACCAGAAGUAUAUCUUUCCUGCCCUGGAUAAGCCUUCGGUGAUAUCACUGCAGAAUUUGAUUGUAAGGGACAUUGCUAAUCAGGAGAAAGGGAUGUUUCUGAUCAGCGCAGCCCCUCCUGAGAUGUAUGAAGUGCACACAGCAUCCCGGGAUGACCGGAGCACCUGGAUCCGUGUCAUUCAGCAGAGUGUGCGCGUAUGCCCAUCCAGGGAGGACUUCCCCCUGAUUGAGACAGAGGAUGAGGCUUACCUGAGGCGGAUCAAGAUGGAACUGCAACAGAAGGACCGGGCACUGGUGGAGUUGCUGCAGGAGAAGGUCGGGUUGUUUGCUGAAAUGACCCACUUCCAGGCAGAAGAGGAUGGCGGCAGUGGAGUGCCCUUGCCCACACUCCCCAGGGGACUUUUCCGCUCUGAGUCCCUGGAGUGCCCUCGUGGCGAGCGACUUUUGCAGGAUGCCAUCCGUGAGGUGGAAGGACUGAAAGACCUGCUGGUGGGGCCUGGAGUGGAGCUGCUCUUGACAUCCCGAGAACCAGCCUUGCCCUUGGAACCAGACAGUGGUGGUAACACGAGUCCUGGGGUCACUGCCAAUGGAGAGACCAGAUCCUUCAAUGGCUCCAUUGAGCUCUGCAGAGCUGACUCAGACUCCAGUCAGAAGGAUCGAAAUGGAAACCAGCUGAGAUCCCCCCAGGAGGAGGUGUUACAGCGAUUGGUCAAUCUCUAUGGACUUCUUCAUGGCCUGCAGGCGGCUGUGGCCCAACAGGACACUCUGAUGGAAGCCCGGUUUCCUGAGGGCCCUGAGCGGCGGGAGAAGCUGACCCGAGCCAAUUCUAGAGAUGGCGAGGGCAGCAGGGCUGGGGCUGCCCCUGUGGCUCCUGAAAAGCAGGCCACAGAGCUGGCGCUACUACAGCGGCAACAUGCACUGCUGCAAGAGGAGCUGCGGCGCUGCCGGCGACUGGGCGAAGAGCGGGCAACUGAGGCCGGCAGCCUGGAAGCCCGGCUCCGGGAGAGCGAGCAGGCACGGGCUCUGCUGGAGCGGGAGGCUGAAGAGGCUCGAAGGCAGCUGGCCGCCUUGGGCCAGAAUGAGCCACUCCCAGCCGAGGCUCCCUGGGCCCGCAGGCCUCUGGAUCCUCGGAGGCGCAGCCUUCCUGCAGGCGAUGCCCUAUACUUGAGCUUCACACCCCCACAGUCCAGCCGAGGCCAUGACCGCCUGGAUCUGCCUGUGACUAUUCGCUCUGUCCACCGACCCUUUGAGGACCGGGAGAGGCAGGAGCUGGGUAGCCCUGACGAACGGCUUCAAGACAGCAGUGACCCUGACACAGGCAGUGAGGAGGAAGGUAGCAGCCGUUUGUCUCCACCCCACAGUCCACGAGACUUCACCCGAAUGCAGGACAUCCCGGAGGAGACAGAGAGCCGAGAUGGGGAGUCUGUCGCUUCAGAGAGCUAAGGAGGCCCCUCCCCCUCCACCAAGAGCCCCACUGAAGAACAUUACUAAGGGGGCAAACCUUGGGGACUCUAAUCUACCAAUGA